GCGAAUGCCGAUACACAAUAUUCAAAUAUAGUUACCAUAAUUCGGUAGUUUUUGUGAUUGGUAUUUAGAAUAAUUUAAGUGGGUUGUUGCAGCCGAAUACAACUCUUGUAUGCUACUGUAAAAAGAUAUGAGUCAUGGCUGGGAUAGGUUCAAAGCUUUCAAGCAAAAAUGGUGAUUUCUUAGACAAUACCUCACUCUCUUCAAUUCCUCAAUCUCCACAGGCAGCAUCUACAGCCAUUAGGGAGUGCUCUAAAGCUGGGUUGGAAGGGUUUUUGAAGACACAGAAUUUGUCAGGUGUGCUAAAAGAACUGUUCCCAACCUCGGAUACAUCAGAUGCAUUUUCAUCUUUGUUAAAUUCCAUGCGAGCUAAACGUGAGAACAAUAGAACAACUGAAGGAAUAACUAAACGCUUUGUAGAUGAACAUGAAACCUCAGAUAGUAAUACCUUAAAUUAUUCCAAGGAUUCUGGAGGAACGUUUGAUAGUGGAGAAGAUCAUUCUUCGCUUGGAAUAUUAUCACUGGAUAGCUUUCAAGACUUGAGUGGGGGCUUAAUCAAGCUUGAAAACAUGGCCAAGGUUUCUUCAACUGAUGUUACUGCUUCUGCAUCCCACACAAAAUUAACAAAUUCCUUGGCCACGAUUACUGAAGAUACCCACAAAGAUGUUUUACCAAACCAGAGUAUUGGUGUUGGCAACAAAGACAGCAACAAAGAAAAACAGGGCACACCCGACGUUCAGCAAAAUGAGAACAACAGUGUACAUCCGGAAACGCAAGAAAGUAGUGAAGUGGAGAGUGCAGGAAGUUUAGAAGAUAUUGAACUUGAUAAUGUCGACUUGCAGGAACUAGCUGAUAAAUUCAGUGAUUUCACAGAGCUUGAAGAAGAAGAAGAUGUCUUUAAAAAAUAUCCGCAUCAGGAAGAGAAAAUUCCAAGGGAAAAAAAAUUAGCAUUAUCAUCAAAAAACUUGGAAAUCACCAGAUGGCUAGAAAAGCAACAGAAAAAAGAUUCCACUGACUCUCAAGAUUCCACAGACAAAAUGGCUGAAACACUCGUAAUUGAAACAAGCAAAAGAGACAUUAAUGGAAAAAAAGGUGAACAAAAAACAGAAGAUAAUCUGAAAAAUGCCAAUGAUUUUUCAGGUUCUACUCUGAAGUUUGAAACUGCUGUGCUCAAUGUGUCAAAUAGUGACAUGUCGGCAAAAAGUGAAAGAAAAAAAGCCAGUCAAGAUUCUUUUUCAAAAAAUUAUUGUAAGGUGGGAGCAUAUGAUGCUGGUGCAAAUGGGUUAUCUAAGAAUUCUACAAGUUCUACAUUUGUCAACUCUUGUGUACAGGAUAUUUUACCAGAACAGAUUGAUAAUCACUCUUCAAAUGUCCAAGAAGAUACAAACAUUGUAAGAUAUUCUGAUGUCAAACAUAGUUCAUUGCUGAAAGAUUAUGAAAGCUUACAAUUAUAUAAAUCAGUAUUGGCAAGUCAUCAGGCAAGUGAACUCCUCUACUCUCAGCUAUUUAUACCAGCUAAACCAUUGGGAGCUACUGAAGAUGAAAGUAAUAUCAAGAACAGUACUUCUCUUGGGAUCAGUCCUCUCGAGAUGGAUGCUAGCUCCUUCACUGUAGAAGAAAUAUAUAAAAGUCUAAAUAGACAAUCUACUGCUGGAAAAGACAAGAAAAAUGAGACUAAGUGCAGUGAGGUUGAAUUUCGAAAUGACCAGAUUUCAGCAAGAUCUUCAUCCUUUGGAUCAUAUCAGACCCAUAAGUUUGAUGGUUCUAAUGCUGAAUCAAGCAGUGCUCCUACUUCGUCGAACUUGAAGUCUCAGGAUGUGCUGUUGGACAGCAAGAUAUGCAAAUCUAAUUUUCAAUCACAACAGAAACAAAUAAAUAAGUACUUUGAUGAAAUAAACCCUGCAAGUUUUACAAGUGUAAAGGACUUUGAUUUUGGUAACUUGUUUUUGGCAAGAUCUUCAUUUGGUGAUUUUGGUUUUUCCUCAACUCCAAGUAACAUGAAAACUGAUCCUGCCAGCAAGCUACAAACAGAAGAUUUAAAGAAACAUGUUAAUUCAUUUUCACCAGAAGAUGAAAGUGCAGGACCUUCAACAACUGAUAUAAAUGUUCAAGAAGCAGAAGCCAGCUACUUUUCUUGUGCAGAUAUGGAUAUAAGUAAGCAACAGCAGGAACAGUUAGGAGAUUUGGGUAUAAGUGAUGAAGUUUUUUUGAAACCAGAUGAAGCUUUCAAACUGUUGGACAAAGAUGAAGAAGACUUCAAAAAAGAACAUGUUUUUGAGGGUGAAGCCAUUCCAGAUUCAUAUGCUGUCAGUCUCAUGGGUAGUAACUUAACUACAGCUGCUUUGCAAGAUAUAUCCAGACCUUCAUGGUUUUCUGAGAUGGGUAGUAGCAAAUCAUCCAGUCGAGUGUCCAUUGGCCAGUUUAUUAGAGCCAAAACAGAAGAAUUGGGUUGCUUGAAUGGUAGUGAACUGGGUUUGAGACCAGAGUUUGGAAUUGAUAAAAAGAAGAUAGAUUCUACAACAGAUCAGUUAACGAAGUCUGAAAAUAAAGAGCCAUCAGCUGAACUGACAUGGAACAAUGUGAUCACAAAGGGGGUUUUUCGUGAGUCCUCUGAAGACUCUGCUCUUGGCAGGAUGUCUUCAUGUACAGUUUUGUCAGAUUCUACUCAGGACAGCAGUGAUUCUACGAUGUUUAGUUGCAGCUCCAUCUCCAAACUGUUAAGUGAUGCGUCUCUUAGUGAAGACCCUUUUGUAUUUGCUAGCAAGGUACUUGAGAAGUCAAAGGCUAGAACAGUAACAAAAAAGAAGGCCAAAGAGAAAAAUAAAACUCCAAAUAAUGGGCUACCAACAAUUAGGGAAGACACACCAGAUGGUGAACACAAGAAAACUCUUACUGAACCAUCAUUGAAGGGAGUAUAUAAUCCAUUUCCAGAGUUUUUAAGCCUCAAUACCUACUCUGGAAAUGAAAUUAACCAGCAGAGAAAUAGAUUCAGUCUUCAGAAAGCUGUUAAUAAAACACAGAAUAUCGAAAGUACACUUCAGAAGAAACAUGUCGAUAAAUUUGAUGACAGUCUACUCAACAAAAUCUGCAAGUUUGGUGUUGAACAUGAUUUAACCUUGAAAGGAAACAUGAACUCACAUUUGUUUACACCAGAAAUAAUGAAAGAUCAAUGGAAAGAUUUGAAGGAAUGGCAAGAGUUUAAAAGGCAAAAGGAAUCAACUUUAUCUACAACAAGUGAUAAAAAUAGUGAAGAAGAGAGUCGUAUAUUAAAGCCAAAUUCAUUUGUAAAUGAAGUUUUAGGAAAUAUUAAAGAUACAAGCACAUCAGGUGUAUCUGUUGUUACUGCUGAUGCCAUAACUACUCAGCAUAAGGCCACAGAUGGAAACACUAUUACCUCAGUUUCCACAGCUAUCAGUUCUAAUACGAAUACUUCAUCAUGUUACGGCCAACAAGUACUCAGUAGUUUUGAUAAUACUGUUCGGCUUCCUUUCCCUACUGCAUUACACUUACCCAUUGUUCAGUUGGUAGAUUCAAACAAAGCAAGUAAUGCAACUAAUAUACAAUCAAUAACACAACUCUCACAAGGUACCUCCAUGAACCCUCCUACUGUACCAGUCAGCGUAAAUGUUCAUUGUAAAGUUGACCCUCAGCCAACAUUUUAUCCUAGCUCUUAUACUACCACUUACCCUCCUGGUCUUCAGAGUCUUGGUGUGCCAACCAAUUUCCAGCCAGCCGUUGCCCCUGCCUUAGAAAGUUGGUCAAGGUUCCAUCAAGGGGUAGAUCUCAACACUCCAUUUGGAAUGACUGUUGCUACACCAUUCUUUCCUGGCUCCACCCAGUCAGUGCUGAUUUCCCCUUAUUCAACUUUACCUUCGUUUAUGUAUAAAGCACCUAACCAGCAGUGUUCAGCAGUUCAAGCUCCAAGUGAAAUUAGCUAUCCAGGAACUGUGUGUGUUGGAGAUGCUACAACCAUGAAAAUACCACUCCACAAUCCAACCCAGCACAGUUUGUGGUAUGCAUUCAAGACUGAAUCUGUCACAGUGGAUGGUUUAGCAGUGAAUGAUUUCCAUGGAUCAUUCCUUUCACUUCCCCAGCAUGUUGAGGUUGAAGGUGGAAUGACCCAAGAAGUUAUGAUCAACUACACACCGAGGCAACCUGGGACCCUCUGUGCAAAAAUUAUGGUUUCAGCUAGUGUCCAUUUCAGAGAAAUGACAGCAGCUUCAUCAUUUCAUCCUUUUGGAUGUCCACUGUACAUCGUUGUUACCGUGAAAUCAGAAAAGCCCAAAAUUGACCUGUUUUUUGGAGAUGUUGGAAACGUUAGACAUGUACCUGAAAACUGCAGCUUGACUAAAUCGCUUGUAGUUAAGAAUCAAGGGCUCUCUAUCGUUCCAGUUCGAUUAAUUGUUUCUGGGGACAUGAAGUCAAAACAUGAUUUUUGUUUUGAUGUACAAAAUUUGGAAGCACAAGAAAAGUCAACACAGCUAGUCUCUCCAACAAUACUCUUGUGUCGUUUACCUUGUGCUUCAGAACUUGUUGUGCCACUAGUGUUUAAUACAGGUUUCUUGGAUGAUGGGAACCUAGUGGAAAAUAUAUCGGCUUCAGUGACAGCUAUGUUAGAAAGUACAGUUCUGCCUGAAGUUUUAGGUUACCUCAAGUGGUCAGCUGUUAUUGGAAAAGUCAAGUUGAUAACUAAAACCCCAUCUGAGGGUCAUUUACCAGUAAAAAGUUCGGGAGCAAAAAUUAAACAUUCCUUACCACUAUACAAUAAAGGAACAAUUCCAGUUGAACUAGACCUGAGAGUUAAAGACAAUAGUGCUUUUCAAGUUUCUCCUGUUAAAUGUUACCUUGAACCUGAGGAUGAUACCAACUUAAUGAUCACCUUUGAACCAAGUUUUAAUGGACGUCCAGCGACUGGAAUGAUACAAGCCAUUGCACAGCCAUUUGGGCAGGUCUUUGACAUUUUUAAGAUUUUGGGUGAUGGUCUAGUACAAGACUUCAGUAAUCAGGUCAUCAAAAUACCGCCUGCUACAGGAAUAUCCAAACGUUCAUCUUCAGCACACGUUAAUUCAGACAGCCAAGGUUUUCUCUUGCAGAGCAAUAAAAAGUUCUUGGUCUGGCCAGGUGUACCUAUUGGAAAAUCUGUAACAAAGCAAAUGACCCUUCGAAAUGGUUCAAGUGCAGACUCACUUUAUUUAUGCAUGAAUAUCAAAGGUGACACUCAGCAGUUUCAGCUUGAAGGAGAAGAGAUUGGUGAUUAUACAUCUUCUAGUGAAAUAACAAUAUCUCCUGGUGGAAUUCGUUUUGUAAAGGUGAAAUAUACUCCGAAAGCUGUAGAGGCUGCUUUCUCAUGUUUAUGCAUCUCUAAAAAGGGUGAGAAUUAUGAAGGACCGGGAAAGUUUAAUAUUCCACUUCAAGGAUAUGGAGGAACCAGUAAACUGGAAUUGGAAGGACUUCAACCUGAUGAAGGUGGAGCUAGUUUUUCUAUAAAUUUAGGAGAACUUGCUGAAAGUGAUGCUACACUAGCUCAUUUUAUUGUAACCAAUACAGGAACUAGAGCUGCCUAUAUUAAAAUCAUGAAUUUCACUGGCCCAUCAUUAGAAAGUAUUUUGCCAGCUGGUAGAAUAACAGUUCAGCCUUCAGAGUUUGUCUUGCUUGAACAGGAGAGUAAAACUCUUUUUAUUGCCUGUACUUUGUCUGACUUUAAAUGGAAGAUGCAUGUCAACCAAAGGAAUCAAAGGCUUGGCACACUUUCUAUGUUUUAUGGAGAUGAAAUUCUCAGGCAGAUGAUGAGAAGAGCAAUAAGUACUGUAAACAUGGCUAAGAUUUUAUCCCCUGGUCAUCCAUUAAGAAGUGUGAACUUUGAUGUAUUGUAUGCUGGAGAAGACAGGGUUAGUCAAACCAUCAACUACCCAGCUACAUCCAAAAAUGUUUAUAUCUUCUACAACAACAUAAACAAAGUUUCAGUCAAUUUGUAUGGUGUCCUAACAGAUGAUUCAAGUUUUUAUGGAAGCAUGAGUUCGUUUGCUGCACUUACAGCUCUACAUGAUACUAUAAAUAGUACAGUGACAGACAGCAUUUAUCAUCACACCCAACAGCAUGCAAAUAUUCCUCAGUCACCUCCAGUGAAGGAGACGCACUCGUUUGUACAGAAAUCGCAGUACUUAAAUCAAGAAGGAAAUAAACGACCCAUAACACCUCUUUUAGAGCAUCCAAAAGAAAUUAAAUUGCCUGAAACAGUUAUCAAAACAUCAUCAGGUUAUUCCUUUGAGUUAAAGAGUCAGUGUCACAAGAAGGUUAACUGGAGCUUGCGCCCUAUAGCAGUACCUGUUAUCGAGGAUUUAUCUGGAGACAAAACUCUAAAUCAGAUGCAACCAUCCCCAUCUUCUGUCUUUUUUGUGACACCCGCCAGUGGUGAAAUUGAUCCUUAUCAGUUUGUGAAUGUUAAACUUGUGUUUAACCCAGCACAGUCAGGGUUAUACAAACAACUUUGGGAGAUCAUUAUGGAGAGUAUGGAUCAAGCGAGACAGAGUGAACACUUGGAGUUGGAAGGAAAGGGCAUUGAUAAUCCACAAUCCACAGUAGUACGUAACAAGUUUACCAGCCAUUCCUCGAUGUACAUUCCAAAGUCUAAUCAUAUGGAUAUAUCACAUGAUUCAAGUCUAUCCAAGCUUUCUAACAGAAGUGCUAGUGCAGGAGAUUCUAUUGAGGAGAACUCAAAAGAACCUGUGUUUCCAGUUAUCAGAAGAAUUGACUUUCCAGUGACACAUAUAGGAGGAAGUGCUUCUGUAAAACUUAUGUUGAAAAAUAUGUCUUCAGAAGAUCACAAGCUUUCUGUUGUUAUUCCAAUACCUCCAUUUCUAGUCAAGCAUAAUGAGCUCAUAAUUAAGAACAGACAUUACAUUAGCAUUCCAGUUCAGUUUAAACCAACCAAACGGGGUAAAUACCAAAGUGUUUUAAUCCUUCACACAGACAUAGGGUAUGAUAUCACCAUUCAGAUCUCUGGAGAGGCAUUAUGACAAAUAUUUUAAUAUUUAUGUACUAGCUUGUGUAUGAAGGCCACAUAUGUAUUGCAGUUGAGGUACUAUUGUGAGAUGUGGGGGUACAGAAUGUGAUUAAUUCAAUUUGGUGGGUAUAUUUUUUGAAUCUCUGAUUAAAAAGGAUUUUCAUGUAUGUGUAAAAAUGUAUUUUUAAUAUGUAUCGGUGAUUGGUGGCUUAUUCACAUUGAAGUCAAAUAAUAAAAGCUAUUUUAUGAAAUAGAUUUUAGAAUUAAGAAAAAGUUGACUUGUUUGUAUUGUAUACUUAAAACACAUCUAAGAACAAGUAUUUAAAAAAAAUAAUUGAUAAAACACAAAGUUACAAUUAUUAAA